AUGCAGAAAACCAUCAUCAUCACAGCGGCAGCCCUCAGUGGCAUCUCGAUAGCUGUAUCUCUCUACCUCUCACGCCAGAAACAAUACCUCGCAUCGAGCGUUCGCCAUUACUCAACUCGCGGCCAGCUCUCUCCCUCAACACCACACAACAUUUCAUCUCUCCCUGCUGAGGUUUUCAACACAAAGUGCUAUGCUGUCUACGACUACGCAUCCAUCGCAAUACCGCGCCGUGCACUGCCAGAUCUUGAACUACGCCAACUGCUCACCAUUCUCCUCCGCCGAAACAUGGCCUUCUUCACAUACUUACCACAAGCUCGUCUACUUAAACUCAUGGCGUCGGAUCCAGAAGCCCAGCAGAGCUUCGAUCCAGCGCAUAUAGAGACUCUUGAAUUUGGAGAAGGCGAUCUUGUCUGUAAUGCAUAUCGAGUUAAGCUACGCACGGACGAAAAGGUGGAGUUUGAGUUCCAGCUGGGCAUCCAGGGACGAUUGGCGAUGAGUGUCGAGGUCGAGGAGGGAGUGGCGGUAUUCCAUAACGAGACGCUCAUGAUUAGAGAGAAGGACUCGAAGACGAAGCUUCCGUUAGAGAACGGACUGGCGAAUUGGUUGCACGAAUUGACGGCGUGGUGGAUGCUGGAGUCGGGGUUGACCGAAUCCGGUCAUUCUCGCUCUCCUCACUCGAACGACACGGGUGAGAAUUCCCUCCAACCGCCUCCCUCAAAGCGACCUCGCCUGAACGCUGUCCCAUCGCGUCGUCGCAAGAGUUCCCCAGACCUGUUAGACACCACGAUCGAAAGCACUCCAUCCUCCGCCUCGACAAAGCUCCGCCGACCGCGACCGCUCUUCGCCCUUUCCUCCGCCCACACCACUUCCUCUCCGCCACCUGCUGGCAACACUCCGCGCGCCAGAAACCUCCGUCUUCACCACCAUGAUACCCCAAUCUCUACCUCAACGGCGCUAUACAUGAAUGGUGGUUUCGAGCCCGAAUCCCCCGAUCCCCUCGAUACAAUCUCUCCUGCGACGGCUCCCGCUACCCUCAAACCCGCCCAAGAACCGUCUAAUACUACUACGCCCACCUCCGCCGCCUACCGCCAGCGCCGUGUUACGCAACCGUCAAAAUCGGCAUCGGGACAAGUUAUAACAGAGCCUUCAAACCCAAAAAAUACCCGUGCCCCUCGAGGAUCAACGAUCCUUCCCUCAGGCGACUUAAUUCCUCAAUCGUUAGCAGUGCCUGCCGCAACGGCUCCGGAGAAGCGGCGGAGCCUUCGCUCCCACGAUGGGAGCUCGAGGGCGAAAAGUGAAUUGGCGCUGUACUUUCCGAAUUAUGAUCAAGUGAUAAGCCUAGAGCCUCCGAAGACAGAAUUGCUUUCGGGAAAUACAGUGAUUAAGCUGAUUGACGACCUUACCGAGCCUCCCAUUCCUCCUUCUACCUUUUCGAAUUCCGACGGCGACACACCAUUCGGAAACCCUUUGGUUAAUCUACAUAAAUGCGAAGUUAUCGACCUUCCUGAUCCUCCCACGCCAUCAAAUAAUGACCCUGGGGCUGAAGCUGGAGAGAAUUAUGGGGAAGACCCCCUCAACGAACAAUUCUUCUUCAAAGUCCACCGUCGACAUGAACGACAGGAGAAGCAGCUCCGAAACAUCGAGCGGGACCGCGCGCAGCACGAGAAACAGAACCUAGACCGUCUUCUGGAUGAACUGAAGAGCCAAGAUUGGUUGCGUGUCAUGGGGAUUACUGGCCGAAGCCUAUCAGAUCAAGACAAAAAACUAUACGAGCCAAAGCGGGACUAUUUCAUCAAAGAAAUCUCCGCGCUGCUUCAAAAGUUCAAGAUCUGGAAAGAAGAAGAAAAGCGACGUAAGCUUGACAAAGAUAAGAAUUCGUCUCUUCACCCCGACGCUGCCGAACCUUCCCACGUAAAAGAAAAUGAGAAAGAAGAGGAGGAAGGCGCCAGCGAACCGCCACCAGACGAUGUCGAUGCUCUAGCAGCUCGGCAACUUCUCCAAGAAGCUCGAUCCGCAACAGCUGGGAAACGGCCGAAAGUGAAGCCGGAGCCCGAACUGCCACCUGCUCCAGAACCACCAAAACCGUUCACAUCCUUCUUCGCGAAACCUCAUCUUCGAGAGCAAGCCAUGUCGGGGCAUCGCAAGGGCCGCAGCCGCCUCGCAUUUGGGCAGCCGAUACCUGACGUCGAGGAGAAAGAAUUCGAGCUUCCAGGUGAUAUAUUAACACCAGAAGCGAUCAAGUCAUGCCAACGAAAGAGAAGACGGAUGAAGCGGGCGAGUUUAAACUGA